AGCUGUCAAAAUUAGUUUUUUUUUUGGCAACUGCUGUUAUGUAUUUACUUUAAUCUCUUGCUUCAUAUUUACAGAUAUAAAAUAGACAUCAUGUCACUAACAAAUUAUAGCAAGUUUAUUAAUUUAGUGACGAUGAAUUUAAGAAUUCAGCAGCAAAGUUAUUUACAUACAUCGCCAGUGUGCUGUGAAAUAAGGAAGUUGGCCCGGCUGCGUGUAGUGGACAAUAGUGAAAUUGGAAAGCGUGCUAUGGCUGAGGGCAGACCACCGCGUUGCAUUCAUGUCUAUAAUAAAAAGUCGGUUGGAAAAAUUGGAGAUAAAGUACUUGUAGCAAUAAAAGGUCAAAUGAAAAAAGGUAUACUAGUUGGACUUAAGCAAGACCAAUUGCCUAAAGUGCCAAAAUUCGAUAGCAACAAUAUAGUUUUAAUAGAUGACAAUGGCACUCCAAUUGGUACUCGUAUACAUGUCCCAAUACCAACGAUUUUACGAACAAUCUUAAAGGAAAAAACGCAAUCUAAAGGUGCCGAUUACACCAAGGUGUUGGCCAUUGCUAGUCGAUUUGUUUAAGUAAAUGUAUAGAAAUUAAUCUAGUAAUGAAUAAAAAAAAACCUUAAAUGUAAAAA